CAAAACAGGAAGUAAGUGGCAGCUGCUGAAGAGCCGAACAACAGACAUGAAUGUCCAAGGAACUUAGCGAACAAAAAGUGUCUCCGUGCCAUACAGAAGUACAUUAAUGUUCAUCCCCCAAGACUGCGUGAAAAAACGGAGGCUACCACAAUGGAAGGAGCUGUCAAACUCGGUCUUUUAUCGGUCAUUUUCUUUGCGUCGCAGAUAAACUGCCAAGAGGCAAUCUUGCACAUUUCAAGUGGAGAUUCAUAUAGGGAGUACUGCAUUGUUCACAAUCACUCCUGGACCCCUCUUUCAGAAACUCUGGAUGAUGCAGUACAGUACCCCUUGGUGAAUUGGACCUCCACUCUGCUGUGUAAUGCCUCAGGCAUCCUUCCAGAUUUGGUAAAGGGUAAAGCGUUGGUGGUGACGAGAGGGGAGUGUGAUUUUAGCCAGAAAGCUCUAGUUGCUCAGAGCCUUGGGGCUAAAACUUUACUAAUUGCCAGCAAUGAAGAUUUGACGACUCCAUCAGCCAAUGACUCAGAGUACGCCAAGGUCAAUAUUUCUCUGGCUCUCAUGAGGUACAGGGACUUCCUGGAAGCACGGCAGGCGUUUGGUGAAGGGAUGCAAGUGAAGCUAUAUGCUCCACCUUACUCAAAGAUUGAUCCAAGCAUUGCAGUCAUCCUGCUGAUUGCAGUCGUCACAGUCACGUUGGGUGGCUACUGGAGCGGAGCAUAUGAGAGGGACCGGUUGAAUAGUGGUGUGGCAGACACAGAAGGGGGAGAUAACAAAGCAGACAGUGGACAGCUUUCCCUGUACUCUCCACUCAAAGUGGUGAUCUUUGUCGCCAUGAUGUGUGGGAUGCUGGUCCUAAUGUACUACUUCUACUAUGUCCUUGUUUACAUCAUUAUUGCCAUAUUCUGCCUGGCAUCUGCCUCUGCACUGUUCAGCUGUAUAGAUGCAGUGUUGGAAAAAAUUGGUUGUGGCACUUUAAGCUUCUCUGUCCGAAAUUGGAAUUUCUCGGUGAGGUCUAUCCUGCUGGCUGCUGUGUGCAUCAGCAUCACCGUGGUCUGGGCAGUGUACAGAAAUGAAGACAGGUGGAUCUGGAUCUUGCAGGACCUACUUGGCAUUGCUUUCUGUCUCAACUUCAUGAAGACCAUUUCAUUGUCCAAUUUCAAGAUCUGUGUGAUUCUUCUGAGUCUCCUGCUUGUGUAUGAUGUCUUCUUUGUUUUCAUCACUCCUUUCUUCACCAAGAAUGGCGUUAGCAUUAUGGUGCAGGUUGCCCUGGGCCCCGAUGCAUCUGGAGAGAAGACACAAGGGAACAUGGUGGUGGUCCCUGCCGAACCCCAGCCUCCCUCUGAGAAACUGCCUGUGGUGAUGCGUGUCCCACGGUUCUCAGCUUGGGCUCAGAACCUGUGUGGGAUGCAGUUCUCCAUUCUAGGUUACGGAGAUAUCAUUGUUCCAGGUCUCCUGGUGGCGUACUGCAGCAGGUUUGAUGUUUGGAUCAAGAGCAGCAAGAAGAUCUACUUCGUCAGCUGCUGCAUAGCCUAUCUGCUGGGAAUGCUGCUGACAUUUGCUGUGAUGCUGCUGUCAGGGAUGGGCCAGCCCGCUCUUCUCUACUUAGUGCCCUUUACCGUGAUAACCUCUGCUGUGGUGGCAGGGUGCAGGGGGGAGAUGAAGAUGUUCUGGGCAGGAACCACCUAUGAGGUCUUGGACUCAUCCAGAGAGCCUUUGCUGCCAGAGGGAAGAACUGAUCGCUCCGUAGAAGCCACAGGAUGCUGAUGUACAGUGUUGAGGAUGGAUUCCAACUGCUGAAUGCUUUUUUUUAAUGACAUUUUAAUAUUAUAUUUGUGACAUAAGGGAGCUCAUCUUAAAACGAUAUGGGUUCAUUUUGAUUGAAAAGUUUGAAGGUGGAUCAGAAAUUUUUAAGCAGUUAAAAAAUGUGUUUAGUGCCUGAAAGGUCUGUUGGGUUUACGUUCAGAAAACUGUAACAGCUUUGCCUUGGUGAUGAUUGCAUACAUCAAAAUGAGAACGCACUUUAUAAUAUUCAGCUUGACAGUUGUUUGAUCAUGGGAAGGGUCAGGGUGUUUAAAUUACUUGUAGCUAUACUAUGAUACCACAUUUUGAUAACGGGGGUUUUCUGUGUAACCUGUUUGUACAAUGUGAUUUCUUUCAUUGCCUUUCUGAAAUGAAGAACUUCUGUUUAA